AUGCCACAGGGCCCUGGGGCCCUGAUGCAGGUGUGGGUGGGCAGCCAGCUCUUCCAGGCCGACCGGGCACUGCUGGUGGAGCACUGCGGCUUCUUCCGCGGCCUCUUCCGCUCGGGCAUGAGGGAGGCGCGCGCGGCCGAGGUGCGCCUGGGCGCUCUGAGCCCGGAAGGCUUCCGCACCACGCUGCGGGUGCUGCGCGGUGAAAGGCCGGAGCUGGCGGCCCCCGAAGAGCUGCUGCAAGCCGUGGAGUGCGCCGCCUUCCUGCAGACGCCGGCGUUGGCGCGCUUUCUGGAGCACAGCCUCACGUCGGACAACUGCGCGCUGCUGUGCGACGCCGCCGCUGCCUUCGGCCUGCACGACGUCUUCCACAGCGCCGCGCUCUUCAUCCGCGACGGCUCCCGCGAGCUAACGGCCGAGCUGGCGCUGCCCGAGGCUCGCGCCUACGUGGCGGCGCUGCGACCCAGCAGCUACGUGGCCGUCAGCACGCACGCGCCAGCGCCCGGCUUUUUGGAGGACGCAUCGCGGACCGUGUGCUACCUUGACGAAGAAGAGGACGCGUGGCGCACGCUGGCCGCGCUGCCCCUGGAGGCCAGCACGCUGCUGGCCGGCGUGGCUACGCUGGGCAACAAGCUCUACAUCGUUGGGGGCGUGCGGGGUCCCAACAAGGAGGUGGUGGAACUGGGCUUCUGCUACGACCCCGACGGCGGCACGUGGCGCGAGUUCCCCAGCCCCCACCAGCCGCGCUACGACACGGCCCUGGCCGGCUUUGACGGCCACCUCUAUGCUAUCGGGGGCGAAUUCCAGAGGAUGGCCAUGAGCUCCGUGGAGCGCUACGACCCGGCCGCGGGCUGCUGGAGCUUCGCAGCCAACCUGCCGCAGCCAGCUGCCGGCGUGCCCUGCGCCCAAGCCCGCGGCCGCCUCUUCGUGUGUCUGUGGCGGCCAGCCGAAACCACGACCGUGGUGGAGUACACGGUGAGGGCAGACGUGUGGCUGCCCGUGGCCGAGCUGCGGCGCCCUCAGAGCUAUGGCCACUGCAUGGUGGCCCACCACGAUAGUCUCUACGUGGUGCGCAACGGACCUAAGGAUGACUUCCUGCACUGCGCCAUCGACUGCCUCAACCUGGCCACGGGCCAGUGGACGGCGCUGCCCGGGCAGUUUGUCAACAGCAAGGGCGCGCUUUUCACAGCCGUGGUGCGCGGCGACACCGUCUAUACGGUCAACCGCAUGUUUACGCUGCUCUAUGCCAUUGAGGGCGGCACCUGGCGGCUGCUCAGGGAGAAGGCCGGCUUCCCACGGCCCGGCUCCUUGCAGACCGUUCUCCUCAGGCUGCCUCACAGUGCCCGGGGGCAGGUGGCCUCCACGACGCCAGAACUGUGA